AUGGGACAGGAAGAGGUCUUCACACUUCUGUUCCCAAAUUGCUUCUUGUCUUGUCCCCCUCUGUUUUCUUAUGCCUCCUCUAGUCCAGUCUUGUCCUCUAUCCUUGACACAGACAAUACUAGUUUCUACUAUAUUUUAAGGAUUGAAACACAUUUUUCCAGGGUUGUUUUUCUAGGUACAGGAGUCUGGUUCUUCUGGUCCCUUGUCUUGCUGAGUUUAUUUGGAAUCCUGGCUGCCUACACGUCCUUGUUGUUGGUACUUGGAUUUUUGUUGUGUUGGGAAGGAAAAGAACUUUACCUGCACUGGUAUCAUAAGAUCCUGAUUCUGAUAGUGAUUUCGAUGUGCUUGUUUUUUUUCUGGCUGUUAUGCACUUACUGGAAAGACAGGUGGCUCACCAUUGGGCUCUCACUGCAGGUGUAUGCUCCCUACCUACACCUGAGCAGCAUAUCUGUGAUGGUUCUCCUUUCCUGGCCUGUGGCCUUCUACUUGAUUCAUUUGGAAGGAGAAGCUAGAAUCAGAAGAUACAAGAUUACAAGUAACGAGAGAAAAAGAAACAAGAGGUGUAAUAUGCUCACAAAGUUGAGAGCUCUUCAAGUGGCUGUUGGAUUGCCCUUUUUCCUUAUCCUUUUGUGUCUCUAUAUGAUGCCAUUCGGGAAUUAUUCUCCCUGCAUUCAAGAGAAGGACAAAUUGGGGCCCAAGCCGAGCUUCUUUGGACAUAGAGGUGCACCCAUGCUGGGGCCUGAGAAUACCAUGAUGUCCUUUGAGAAAGCUGUUGAACAUGGAGCCUUUGGCCUAGAGAGUGAUGUGCAUAUAAGUUACGAUCAUGUGCCUUUUCUCAUGCAUGACCUUAGCCUGAGAAGAACAACCAAUAUCAAGGAGGUCCUGCCAAAUGCCUCCCUCCGACACCCUAGCCUAUUUGAUUGGGAUUUUCUGGCGACUCUGAAUGCGGGCAAAUGGUUUUCACAUUCACAGAUCAAACCAUUUUACCAUAUGAAACCCCUAUCAGAGGCUGAUAAAGAAAAAGCAGGAAAUCAGAAGAUUCCAAAAUUAACUGAUUUAUUGGAACUUGCACAAAAGGAAAAAAAAUUGGUGAUAUUUGAUCUUAAUAGCCCUGUACCAAAACAUCCUGCCAGAAAAGAAUUUGUCCGCCUUGUAGUAAACGUGAUCCUUGCCUCUGGAAUUGAGCAACAUCUGAUUGUUUGGUUACCAGGUUUUGAUAGGAAAUAUGUCAGGAGCACAGCUCCUGGUUUUCAGCAUGUGGGCCGGUUAUUCACCAUUGAACGUCUUACAAAAGAAAAUAUCAGUAGAAUAAAUGUUGACUACAAGAGGCUGUUCUACAACGGGCUGAGAGAAUAUAAAGCAGCGAACAUCAACAUCAACAUAUACAUCGUUAACGAACCUUGGCUCUUCUCACUGGCCUGGUGCUCCAGGAUUCAGUCAGUGACCACAGACAACAUUCAGGUCCUGAAUCAGAUAAAUCACCCUUACUUCUUCAUGACACCAAGUUUCUAUAUGCUCAUGUGGAUUCUUAUGGAUGUUGUUUCUGCAAUUUUCAUUUUUGCUGUAUUUUAUUUUCAUUGGUAA